AUGGACAUGCGGUCGAAGGCGUAUCCGCCGUUACCAGACGGCAACCGACUGCGCCUCGUCCUGCCACGCAUCGGAGAUCUGCGGUUCCGGUCGCAGCUUCCGGCGUACUUUGCUCGGUGUCUCUACAUCCAUGCAGAUCCACGACGUCGCUUCUGGUACGCGCGCUUCCAGCUUCGACGCAAGUUCAUUGUCAUGUCCACAAAGGGGGAUCUGUACGUGAAGAACAGCGUCACUACCUUUACAAUGUCGGACUUACCCAACGAGAAUGUGCUCAGCAUGCCCCGCGUGGCGCGCGGGGAUCCCGUCAAGGUACUGGACCUCGUGCAGUGCUCGAGAAGCGAGGGACAGCACUGGGAGCUCGUGUUCACGCGCUGGCGAAACGGUAUGGAAACGUGGCUCCCGCUCGAGGUUCUGCGGCUACUGGCUCCUCAUUUACUCCAGGAAUUUUACGUCAACAGCAUCAACUCGUGGGCCUUUCAUGACCGUUUACAACCGGGGAACUCGUCGGCAUAUCAAACUGAAGUGGAGCUCUGGCUUUUUCACUCCGAGUUCCAGGAAUUUUACAAAAAGCUUCGCCAGACACGAGCGAGUGGAGGUGCUUUGAUGCCAAAGUCGCAGCAGCAAGCAGUGCAAACGUCGCAUCAGGCGCGUGUCAAAAUGGAGCGACUAACUGGGUCUGUACAAACUUCACGUGCGCCGCAGCAAGCACUGCAUGUGCCUCAUGCAACUGAUCCAUUGACUCUACCUCGAGCAGCACGCAAGCCGUUGGAGGCAUCCAUGGCAGAAUACGAGAAGCGAAGGCUUGCGAGAGAGCGUCAGGAGAAAUUUGACCAGAUUCGUCAGAAUCAGCAUCAACAGCUUCAGCGACAACUGCAUUUAGCAGAGCAACUUGAGCUGCAACGGAAACAAUCAGCAGAAUGUGAACGGCGUCUCGUGAUUGAGCGGCUACAGCAGCAGGAGCGAAACCACUCCCGAGGGCUAUGCCGAGAGACGAGUCACGAAGAACCGCGGUGCGAACGGCAGCGAGGUGAAGCGACAUCUUUGCAGGAACCCUCACCCAUUAGGCAGCAUCCACAAGAGGCUGCUACGGGAAUGGAUCUUCGGCACAAUAUUGGUAAAGCUGGCGCUGCUGUCUACACGCUGCACCAACCAAAAGAAAAGAUUGCUGCCUCGACACGGACCACAGGUGGUGACGACGGGUACGUUCCACCGGGCGCAAGCAGGGGAAGUGAUGCUAAUGCCAAUAGCGAGGCAAGUGAAUGCAGUAUGGUAAAUAUGCCACGUAAGCGCCGCCGUAAGCGAUUGUUGUACUCUCAAGUUGGGGUAGAUGACGACGAUGUUGAUGACUUUCCUGAUCUGUCACAGCCACCUUCCAGAUUUUGUCCGCAAAAUGUAACACCAACUUCCAGCAAAGAUGACUGUUCUGAUAAUCAAGUUGUACAGGAAAAUAAAAAGCAGAGAACGUCACUCAGGUCUAGCGGAGCCGAAGGAGAAGGGGCCGCAAAUUGCUGCUCACCGGGUAGUACUGCUGUGAGAACAAUUAACGGAGACGACAAUGCCACAGACAAUGUCUGUGACGAUGUCGAUGACAACGAGGAUGUGGACACAGGCCCGCUAAUCAUUAUUGGCAAGAUUCAAUGCGUUUGUGGCGCUACGUCCGUUGGGCAUUAUCGGGGACAAUGGCUGCAAUGCUGGAAUAUGGAGUGUGGUAUUUGGGAGCAUGCUGAUUGUGUUGGACUUUUGACCGGGUGUGAUAAGCAGCUACCGCUGAAGCAUCUUUGUGCUCGGUGUGAUGCUGAGGCAUACCUGACGCGUCGUGCAGACGCAUCCCAGCGCAUUCUGGAUUGGUUAUUCCAAUGUUGCGACAGCAAAAAUGUAAAGAAGCUGAUGGACUUGCUAAAAGACAAUAUUGGAGCUGCAAACAUUCCGUCGGGAUGGAAAAACGUGCGUUUCGAGAACAGGACUCUGGCUAUGCAUGCCGCGCAUAACGGCCUUACCGAGUGUUUGAGCUAUUUGAUCAGUGAGCGCAAAGUGGAUAUAUUUGCGACGGAUUUACACAGUCGCAACGCACUUCACUUUGCAGCUCAAGGAGGGUCCAUUGAUUGCUGCCGGCUUCUUUUCCAACAUGAUCGAAGGCUGCUGCUUCACCCGGACCUGCGCGGGCGCACGCCUUUCCACUGCAUGCUCCAAUCGUCCAAAGUCAACAUAUUGUGUGUUUCUCUUAUGCAAGAAGAUAAGGCGCUGAUUGGUAUGGGAGACUUCGAUUGCAAUUUUCCGAUUCACUACGCGUGCCAGGCCGUCAACCGCUCUACAGUCAGGAUUUGUCAAUUGAUCUUUGCUGCUCAACCUUCUAUGCUCCAAGAAAAAUCUGGCAAGGGCCUUUAUCCUUUAAUGAUCUUGUGCAAGUCAGCUAGUACUGGUAGUUCAAAUUCGACAAGAAGAGACGCAGGCUGUGCGAGCGAAGUGGUCGAAAGUGCUAAGGACAUCGUGUCGUUGAUGCUUGACAUUGACGUAUUUGGGGACUGCUUGAACGAGCAGGCACCGAAUGGGUGGUCGUUGCUUCAUUUUGCAGCUGCAUCGGGAAAUCAUGAGCUCAUUACUUAUUUGUGCAACAUCGAGCUUCUUGAUGUAAAUCGCGCCGCGAAAGGGUCUGACCAGACGGCACUCCACAUUGCAGCACACGAAAAUCGCUCGCUAAGCGUUCGUGCCCUCUUGCUAGAGAGAUUCGACGUUAUGGCAAAAGAUAGUAACGGGUGGAUUCCGUUGCUGUACACGGAGGAUGUUGCAUGUAUACAAGAGUUGAUGCACUACAAGCUUACAAAACAGCUGUCAAGACUGCAUCGCAUGCUGGGAAAAUAUCGGCAGCGAGAGCUUAUUCAUCGGUGGCAACGGCUUGUAGCACGUGACCCGGUCUGUUUUGACAUUCUUAACGACUGGUGUCGAAGUGAUAAUGGACGGAUCGAGCGGAUGGAAGGUAUUCUGCUGUCAAAGCCGUUCUUACUUCGACUGGAUAACAAAAUCAAGCACGUUCAAACGAACAUCAUACCCUCUGUGAAGAAAGUCUCGGGUCCAUGCCAAAUAGGUUUUGCGAAAGGUAUUUCAGGCAUCAAAGAGCCGUCGGAAGGACAGAAAAAGCUUGCGUUCGUUUUUUCGCGCAGAGAUCGAUGUUUCUGGAAGCAGUUUGUCGGCAUGGCAGUUAUGCUUGAGCCAGAAGAUUUUCGUUUGCCGAUACUUUUUUCCACUGAAAGCAGCGGUGGAAAGAGUCAAGAUCCUGUGAACUGCAUCAAGAUGUUUCUGAUCCGAUUGGCGGCGGAUUUGCUGGAAAAGGUGCCGGGCAUUCUGGUAUGCGGAUCUAGCAACGCAACGCAGCAAGUUGUUAUGUCGUCGGACAAGCAUGAGCUGACAGCGCAACUGUUGGACUUUUAUUUGCUGGGAGAGCUGACCGCACAUUUCGUGCUAUUUGGAGUUUCGCUGAGUGGGGCACUAGAGUUUGCUCCAGCUUUUUUGCGCUGCAUUGCUUGCAAAGGAAAGUAUCGGUUGGCGAUUGAUGAGCCUUGGGAAACGGCAGGACGUUCAUUUGCUGCGGGAUUUGAUGCUGUAUUGCCAGCAACCCUCGAUACUUUUCACGCGGAUGAUCUUCGCGUGUUGUUCAAUGGCUCACAGACUAGUUUUAAUGCUCUGCAGAUCGACUGGACUUCUGCUGUCGACUGGGAGAUUCGCAGUUCUGAAGCAAUGGGUGACAAGGGUGCCGAUAGCACUGCGGCGUGGUUUUCUCGCCUGACGAACGAGCUUGUUGAGGAAGAGCAGCAGCUUCUGUUGCUGUUUAUGGCGGGCACGUUCCAGCUUGUGAAGGAUCGCUUUUUCGGAUCAAGAAGCGAGACUGGCCGCAUCACUAUCGCGAUAUGUUUUGAAAAUAAUGAUGUGAUUGACCAUGAUGCAAUAUUGCCUGCAAUGGAACACGACCCGGAUGUACUGCGCCUUCCACCAUAUUCCUGCUACGUAGCAUUUAAAAAAGGAAUGCUGAUUGCGAUCCGGCAUACUGAUCAUGCCUUUCUUCCGGAGUAG